UUCUACAGUCGUCUUCUCUUUCCAAUUCCACAACUCCCAUCCCUCUCCAGACGCUUCUCCCCUCCCCCUUUUCUCUCCCUCCUCCCGCCGCCCCGUGCCCCCAAACAACACAACAAACGCGAGCACGAGCACAAUCGAUCGAAAGCGGCAGAGCUCGAACAAGGAAAGAAGGCAGGGGAGGAGAAAGAAACAACCAUGGGGAUGGACUACUACAAGAUCCUGGGAGUGGAGAAGGCGGCCGGCGACGACGACCUCAAGAAGGCCUACCGCAAGCUGGCCAUGAAGUGGCACCCGGACAAGAACCCCAACAACAAGAAGGAGGCCGAGAACAAGUUCAAGCAGAUCUCCGAGGCCUACGAGGUGCUGAGCGACCCGCAGAAGCGCGCGGUGUACGACCAGUACGGCGAGGAAGGGCUCAAGGGGCAGGUGCCGCCGCCGGGCGCGGGCGGGGCCGGGCCCGGAGGCGCCACGUUCUUCUCCACCGGCGGCGACGGGCCGACCACCUUCCGGUUCAACCCGCGCAACGCCGAGGACAUCUUCGCCGAGUUCUUCGGCUCGUCCAGCCCGUUCGGCGGCAUGGGAGGAGGGCAUCCCGGCAUGCGGACGGGCGGCAUGAGGUUCUCGUCGUCCAUGUUCGGGGGCGACGAUGUCUUCAGCUCGGCGUUCGGCGGCGGCGCUGACGGGCACCCGGGGAUGAUGGGGAUGCACGCCGGCGGCGGGAGGGCGAUGAAGACGGCGCCGAUCGAGAGGAAGCUUCCGUGCACGCUGGAGGAGCUCUACAAGGGGACUACCAAGAAGAUGAAGAUCUCCAGGGAGAUUGCUGACGCCAGUGGGAAAACGAUCCCAGUGGAGGAGAUCCUGACGAUAACCGUGAAGCCCGGGUGGAAGAAGGGCACCAAGAUCACCUUCCCGGAGAAAGGCAACGAGCAGCCCAACAUGAUCCCGGCGGACCUCGUGUUCAUCAUCGACGAGAAGCCGCACCCGGUGUACACCCGGGACGGCAACGACCUCGUCGCGACGCAGAAGAUCCCCCUCGCCGAGGCCCUCACCGGCCACACCGUGCACCUGACGACGCUGGACGGCCGCAGCAUCACCGUGCCGAUCAGCUCCGUGAUCCACCCGGGGUACGAGGAGGUGGUCCGUGGCGAGGGCAUGCCGCUGCCCAAGGACCCGUCCAAGAAGGGCAACUUGAGGGUGAAGUUUGACAUCAAGUUCCCGGCCAGGCUCACGGCCGACCAGAAGACCGGCGUGAAGAGGCUCCUAGGGCAGUAGGGCGAGUGCAGAGGAACGCUUCUUGGGGUUGUGUGUGUGAUGAUGCCCGGCGGCGAUCGGAGGUGUGCCUUUUGCAGCAUCUGUGGCGAACAAAUUCCGGGAUCCUGGAUUAGAUGAUGCUGAUGAAGAGGCCCUCCGGUGUGUGGGAAGUGUAGUAGAUUGUUAUACGGUUUUACACUUUGGGAGCUGGGUAUUCAUUUGUAAAAUCUUGAGGGUUGGAAUCUUUCAUUCAGCGACUCGUGUUGCUUGAAGAGCUGUUAAAACACGACAAAUAACUAAGCGUUACUUUUGUGCCUAGUGUCAUGAAUAAUAGUAGAUGCUGAAAUGGAUU